AGGGGAGUUUCCCGAGGCGAGGCGGGUCGAGCCGCGUCUUCUUCCUCCUCGGUUUCCCCCGGCUGCCACCACCGGAGACGCCGCGGAGGGAGAGUAGUGCCGGCUGCCAUGGAGGCCCGCUACAACCUCAAGAGCCCGGCUGUCAAACGUUUGAUGAAAGAGGCUGCAGAACUGAAGGAUCCUACAGAUCAUUAUCAUGCACAGCCUUUGGAGGAUAAUCUUUUUGAAUGGCACUUUACUGUGAGAGGUCCUCCAGAUUCAGAUUUUGAUGGAGGAAUAUAUCACGGACGAAUAGUGCUUCCACCUGAAUAUCCCAUGAAACCACCAAGCAUUAUUUUGCUGACGGCUAAUGGCAGGUUUGAAGUGGGGAAGAAAAUUUGCUUAAGCAUCUCAGGGCAUCAUCCUGAAACAUGGCAGCCUUCAUGGAGUAUAAGAACAGCUUUACUAGCAAUUAUUGGAUUUAUGCCAACCAAAGGUGAAGGAGCAAUAGGAUCUCUGGAUUAUACACCAGAAGAAAGAAGAGCUCUCGCGAAGAAGUCACAAGACUUCUGUUGUGAAAUGUGUGGCACAUCUAUGAAGACAGCUCUCUUACCACUAACAUCAGGAAGUGGAUCAAGCCAGGCAGACAAGGAGGCUAAAGAACUUGCCAGACAAAUUAGCUUCAAGGCAGAAGUCAAUUCGUCCAGGAAGUCCGAAGCAGAACCUUCAAACUCAGCAGGACUGAACUGCUCUGCUACUUCACCUGAGCCCCAGCAGGAUGGUGCAACUCGAGCAUUCCGGGAUCCAGCGAGUGCAAUGUCAGAAGCUCAGCCCGGCAGCACAGCAGCUGGUCAGGAGCGUGCUGCGUCUGUGCCCACAAACACAUCCCUGAGUCCCCGGCAGCGUCGUGCCCAGCAGCACAGCCAGAGAUGGGCUCCAGCUUCAACUGACUUUAAUCGGGUGCAGCAGCCCAGGGCCAACCCCAACCACACUGGAUCCACCGUUCUGAUCGUCCUUCUGACCUUUGCGCUCGCGGCUCUUAUAUUUCGGAGAAUGUGCUUGGCUAAUGAGUACAUAUUUGAGUUAUAAGGUGGUCUCUAUUGUAAGAGCAGUGAUUUGGAUGCUCUACUGAACGUUCUGUAUUGCGUUUGACAUGGGAACUGUUUACAAAGAUUACUUUUGUAUGUAUGCUUACAUCCAUACGAAUGUUAAUGUAGCUGCAGAUACGUUACUUUAAGAGAAGCCAAGCUGGACGUCUGACUGCAAGAAGUGUUAACUCAGUGCCCAACAGAUUGCUGGAGAGAGCGUGGUGAAGUAGUAAGGCUAAAGGACAUGUGAGGGGGGUGGUACAGUAAUUUAUUAAUUGAAAAAAGGCAAUUUUAAAAAGUGGCUGAUUCACUUUUUUAAUAAAUGCAAUUACCAACCCUGUAUAAGUUAGCAUAAGAUCUAGCAUUGGAGACAAAAUUAUAAAAUGAAUCAGUACAAUGUGUUGGGGCCCAGUGAGCUCUUAAUUUAGAGGUGAUACAGCUUUGUAACACUUUUUAUUUACUGUGACACAUUUCUAGAGCAGAACACAUACAAACUGGUUGAGAUUCUGCUCUGUGUGUGUGAAAGGGGGAAAGGAGUGGGACAGGAAAGAAGGGGCCAGAAAACUAUUUGCAUUAUUUUGGUUUUUUUUAUUUGUUUGUAGGUAAGACUGGAUAAUCUUCUGCAAGUUUUGAAUGUCCUCUUCUAAUACUCUCAACUGUAUAUCUUGCUUUUUUAAAAUUGGAAGGUUAAUGUAAAACAUGGCUAUUCUUGCAAUAGUUAUAAAUAUGUAAUAUAAUUAUUUACCCAGAGUUAUUGUCUUUUAAUUAUACCAGAAGUAUACAUAGGGCAUUAAGCCAAAUGUUUCACUUGUGGUUUUAUUUCCUAAAGAAAACAUAAACCUUAUUAUACUUAAGCUCUCAUAUAUAUGAACAUGCUUAAGAGAACUAUUUAUUAAAACUUGAUAGUAACAAACUGUUUCAAGCCAGUCUUCGGUUAUGUUUUAAGUAUCUCAGAGCUUUUUAUUUGUUUUGUUUUGGUGGCUUGUAGCCUGAAAUCAAUAUUGGACCCAGAGACUUUCUGUAUUAUUAUUUUAUUAAAAAUAAAUAACUGGUAAGAUA